UCAUCGUUCCUAAGAUCGGGACAUUAACAACAAAAAAACUGAAAUAAAUUACCGCCAAGGAUAGGAGCUGCAAGGAGGGAAGAAGCUGAGAGGCGGAAGAGGUAGGAGAACGCGCCUCUCCGGUUAAGCAACUUUGAAGGAUACAAGUUCAGAGGUAUUUUUUUUUGUUUUUUGUUUUUUUUUGGAAGAAAGCUACUGCAUGUAGAGGGAGAGUGACUGACAAUCUGGUUCAGGUGCAUGUCUUUACCAGUUAUAUGUAUAUAUGCAUAAAAAUAAAAUACACAAUGCUUAAUUAGAAAAAGAAACAAAUAGACCAUGAAGUUCUUUUACGAAUAAGAGUAAAAUAGAUACCUUUAUUUAUUAGCCUUUAGUUCCUGUAAAGUUCUGAAGCUGGGUAGGGAAGCACCCAUAAGUGGACUGGCCUAUAAUUUCUUGGUGCAUGUCUAAUAGCUUCCGAGAUCUGAAUAUUGAUAUUCUUUUCUCCAUUGCCCUAUUUCACUAGGAAUUGAUCGAAAUAGUCCGGAAACCUGGAUCAAAUUAGCUUGUUUAUCUAAGAAAUGGAAGCGAAAAAUGGACAACUCUUCUAAUUAUUCUACUUUUAGGGCUUGUGUUCUAAAUCUUCCAUCUUUUUAUAGUCAGAUCGUAGAAGAAUUGGUAGCUCCAAAAUUUAUAAUGCGUUGAUCUGAGUCGAUGAUCCCGUACCAUCAUCGACUUCUUUUCACCUCAGAAUUAGCAUAUAGCUAGCUUGGUGGCGAGAAUCUGUGAGCUUUUAGGGAGAGAGAGAGAUUGCCCAGAUGUCCGGCUUGGAACCACGUCAAGAUUCUCGCUAUGUCCAACAGCUCCUGGGACCAGAGCUCCACCUCCAAAGAUCAUCACAGACAACAGCUCCUGGGACCAGGUCUCUAGACAAAGAGCAAAGAGCGCCGGAUGUCCCCAAUACAGGUACUUCAGGAGCAACCUCCAGUCGCAGGCCUCGAGGACGUCCUCCCGGUUCCAAGAACAAGCCUAAGCCACCAAUAUUCAUAACCCAAGACAGUCCAAGUGCUCUGAGAUCCCAUGUCUUAGAAGUCUCUGCGGGUUCAGACAUAGUCGAGUCAGUGUCAGACUACGCCAGGCGCCGCGCCCGGGGAGUUUGCAUCCUUAGUAGCAGUGGGGCUGUCACCAAUGUAACCUUGCGCCAGCCAUCAGCAGCAACUCAAGGCGGUAGUGUCGUAACAUUACACGGGAGAUUAGAGAUUUUGUCUCUAACGGGGACAGCGCUGCCGCCUCCAGCUCCGCCGGGAGCUGGUGGCUUGACAAUAUUUUUGGCAGGUGGGCAGGGACAGGUCGUAGGAGGGAGUGUGGUGCCGCCACUGAUGGCUUCAGGUCCUGUGCUGUUGAUGGUGGCAUCAUUUGCAAAUGCAGUGUAUGAUAGGUUACCAUUGCAGGAUCAGGAAGAGUCGCCGGUGCAGGUGCAGCCCGCAACCUCACAAUCUUCGGGAGUGACCGGCAGGGCUGGGCAAUUGGGAGAUGGGGGAGGCGGCGGCGGUGUUCCUUUUUACAACUUGGGCGUGAACAUGGGAAAUUAUACUUUCCCUGGUGAUCAUGCGUUUGGUUGGAGUGGCAAUGCAGCCAGGCCUCCAAUCUAGUAUUAAUCUCGAUCUUCUUAUCAAAGCGUGUUGGAGACAAGAGAGAAUGAUAUCGAACAAGAUCAUGAAGAUCAUAGUGAUGUGCUCAUGUGAAUCUUGUAAUACAUAUAAUAUUAGAUCAGGAGUACUUGACCGGCCUGCCUGAAGUACGACGUAUCCUCCAUUUCAGUAAGUCGAUCCGUUAAUUUAACGUACAAAAAUUCAUGUGAUUUAUCUGUUUUCUUUUCUUCAAUUGUUCAAGAAUUUCCCGUUAUUUUUUUCUUUGUUUUAUAAAAAUUCGGCUGUAAAUUUGACCGAUGCAUGCAUAUUUCAAUUCAUUAUAUAAUGUUAUAGGAUAAUUUUAUUCUA